UCUUUUUAUCGUGACGGUGACGUGGCGGCCUUUGGCCGAUUCUUCUAUAUUUUAGUAAUUUUCUAUUUUAAUUAGAGAUUUAAUUAAAGAUUAGACGGAGUGAUCGUCAUUGGGUUUGAUUAGAUUCUUCUACUCGAUGCGUGAAAAUUUUUAAGCCGUUGAUCCUAAAGGGGUCCUCAUCAUGAUUGAACUCCGAUUAGCGAGGGCCCACUAUAUCCGUCCAUUACCGACAGCCGACACGCCCUAAGUGGGUCCCGUUUGGAGCGCAGCGUUGAAACUUCUCUUUUAUAGAACGUCUUUGUUGCAGAGCCAAAUGUAUACGUCUUUGAACUUUGAAGCCAAGUCUUUACUGUUGCCCCUCUAUAUUUAUUCUUUAUUUCUAUAUUUUAAUCUCAGAAGUCUCCAUUUUUAAGCAUGACCCCCCCAUAACUAAAUUGUCUUUUUCUUUCCCUAAUAAUGUGAUUAGCCACUGUAAUGUAAGAGAUUAUAAAGUUUCACGGUUGAGAAGUCUUUUUCGGGGUUGAGUAAAGAUUGCUUUCAAAAAGACGGGGAUGACAAGAUUUAGAUUGUAUUCUAUUUACAUUCUCUUCAUUUCUACUUUUGUGUAUUUCCCACUAUUCAAGUUUCUUUCUUUCCCUAGAUGGAUGCUGUCUCCUUUUGCUUGUUAUUGGCUUGCCAAGUGUAAUGACUAUCCAUCACUCUUAGAACAUCUGAUUAUGUUUUCCUUGGCUUAGCUUUCGUUUAACUUCCUUGUCUGAAGUUGGAAGGUUGAACUUAUAUCACAUAGGUCAUCUUUACACGCAUUUCAUCUAUUCUUCAGUUAACUGAGUGCCCAAGACUUAAUACCAUCGAUCUGUAGUUCUGUACUGAUUUGCUUCUGAGGUUAUGGGAGUUAAAUUGAGGAUGUCACUAGUCAAUUGAUUAGUCCCCUCAUCAUCAGAGUCUUUGCUCCAGAAGUGGGCUACAUGAAUUCAUAAGAGAAAUCAGUUGGAAUCCACUAAUUGCAUUCUUCUUGUUCGCCGUAUCUGUGUGCGGAUUGAUACGAUGCAUCAAGGACUCUCAAAGAGUAGACUUCUGCUCUAUAUCUAAUAAAGCCUUUAAUUUGGAGUAGAUGAAUCUCCAAGCGAAAGCUUCCCUUGCUUGUCUCAUUGGCUUUAUAUUAGUGCUGCCAACAUUUUGCGAUGAACUUUACAAUGCAUCAGGCACAAACAAUUGGACUUGUACAUGUUCAUCCUCAAAUCAAGGAAAUCAGAGUUAUCUUCAUGCUUCCAACUGUUCGACAUCCUGUGAUUGCAGUCCAGAACGAGGACCUAUUGAAGGUGUGUGGAGAUGCAUGUGUGCUGCUGAUGGAUUUCCUAAAGUAGCUGCUGACAGUCAUGAAGCGACCUGUUUUACCUCCUGCAACUGCACUUCUGGGUUUCCUAGUGAUUCAAAACCUCCAAGAAAGCACAUCUCAAGCAAAGUUGUUGUGAUUAUUCUGCUACUAUGUGUGAUACUCACAACACUUGCAUUUCUUGCUUCAGUAAUAUGCUAUGUCUAUCGAAAGGAGAAGUUCCCCAACCUGCCUCCGUUGUUUUCAUCAGUGGGAGAAACCAGUUGGAAUAGUGCUACCAACUUAAUAAGUCGUACAAAUUAUUCAUUCCCAGAAACUAUAGUCAGUAUCGGUUCUCCGAUUAAUCCAAUUGCAGGGUGUUUUGGCCGUGCUUUUUUAUGUCGGAGUGAAACAGGGACUAUAUGCGGUACUUUUGUUAGAUUUCCAUACUCUGUGUUGGAAAAUGCUACAGAUAAGUUCUCCAAUUCCAAUCUUAUAGGAGUUGGAGGAAGCAGCUACGUAUAUCGUGGUCAGCUAAAUGAUGGUAUGAGUGUGGCAGUCAAGCGUCUAAUGACUCAGGCAGGGCCUGAUGCAGACUCUGUCUUUACGACUGAGGUGGAAUUGUUAUCGAGACUCCAUCAUUGUCAUGUGGUGCCUUUGCUUGGUUACUGCUUAGAAUUCCAAGGGAAACAUGCUGAGAGACUACUUGUUUUCGAGUACAUGCCUAAUGGUAAUCUAAGGGAUUGUUUGGAUGGGGUUUCAGGGGAAGACAUUAACUGGGAUACUCGUGUUGCAAUUUCCAUUGGGGUUGCAAGGGGUUUAGAAUACCUCCAUGAUGCUGCUGCUCCAAGAAUUUUGCACAGAGACAUCAAAUCCACCAAUAUUCUUCUGGAUGAGAAUUGGAGGGCAAAAAUAACUGAUCUUGGUAUGGCCAAACCUUUAAGAGCUGAUGGUGUUCCUAGCAGUUCAAGUUCACCAGCAAGAAUGCAAGGCACUUUUGGCUAUUUUGCACCAGAGUAUGCAAUGGUUGGAAGAGCCUCACUUAUGUCGGAUGUUUUCAGUUUUGGGGUAAUUCUUCUCGAGCUUAUCACCGGUCGGAAACCGAUCUACAAGUUGGCAAAUAAAGGAGAGGAGAGUCUUGUCUUAUGGGCUAUGCCUCAUUUACAGGACAGCAGGCAGGUGAUAUUGGACCUUCCUGACCCACGUUUAAAAGGUAAUUUCCUGGAAGAAGAUAUGCAAAUAAUGGCUUACCUUGCGAAGGAGUGCCUGCUCUUGGAUCCUGAUGCUAGACCGACCAUGAGUGAGGUUGUACAGAUUCUCUCAACUAUUGCACCAGAUAAAUCUAGAAGGAGAAACAUUCCUGUAAACCAUUUUCAGAUGUCAUCAGCUGAUAGUAUGAAAAGUGAACCACAAAGAGAAACACCAGCUGAUAUAGCUGAGCUCACUGCUGGUACAGCACAGCAGAGACAAGCUGUGUCGAGUGGAUGCUCAGCUGCCCAGGAUUUGCUGCCCGUAGAUACUAAAUAUACUUUAUGUCUCGAUGGCAAUAAUGUGGAACCAGAUGGUGUUCCAACCGAGUAUAUGGAGAGGGUGACCGUUAUGCGUUCAAAAACCGAGAGUUGGUGUGCACUGGAUGAUGAAAUAGUAGACUUAACUGAGCCUCGGUAUGAAUCGUUCAGUGUGGCAAAUGUUAAUUAGUCCCCCUGACAAAAGGACUGGUUGGAGUAACCAAAACCAUUUGAUCCAAAUUACAAGAGCUUUUGGCGCACACGUUUAGUUUCUGUGCAGUCAUAGCUUUUCAAGCACGAGAAGAAGAGUGUCCUAAGAAGGGAACGAAGCAUGCUUCUUUUUUUUUGUUUCCCACCCUGUUUUAAGAGUUUUGGUUACAACAAUAGAUGAUCUCGUAGUUUGAUCACGAGACUGCCUUCCCCCCAAUAUUGAAUUCAUUGUUUUUCAAUGUACAGAAGAUUAGUAAAUUAUUCAUGGUGUAUUUCGCAUGGUAACGGUUUUUUUUCAAUAGGGAAGGCACCUCAGCUGUGAAAAGUUUCUGGGUAAUAAAAUCAAUUUUGUUUGUUUGUA